AUGACGAAAUUGAACCAGGAACGAAAUCAAAACCUGUUUUAAGAUGACGACGAUUACAACGAUGAUGGCAAAGGAUAUCAGCAUACUCAGGAGAGAUAUAAUGAUUAGCAGCAAUAGCAAAACCAAAAACAAGGAGGCCAAUAAUUUAUUAAAAAAUCUGACUCUGAUCCUCAAAUGGAUGUAAACUCAGAGGAUGAAGUCUAAAAACCCCUCAUUUAAAAGCCUAAGUUACCAAGAUGCUACGGAUUGAAGAAAUUUUUCGGAUUGGUUGUAUCUCGUGAGAAAAGAACACUGUAUAUGAGUGGAAGAGCUAUCCCAAGAAGGUAUUCUCCCAACAGAAUAAGGAAUUAAAAAUACAAUAUUCUUACCUUUAUUCCUGUGGUUCUAUUCAAUUAGUUCAAAUUCUUUUUCAACCUAUUUUUCCUCUUAAUUUGUCUUUCACAAUUCAUACCUGCCUUGAAAGUUGGUUUCUUAUUCACAUAUAUCGCUCCUUUGGCAUUUGUGCUGUUCAUCACUCUAAUGAAGGAAGCAUGGGAUGACUUAUAAAGAUAUUCAAGGGACAAGGAACUCAACAACAAAAAACAUGAGAAGCUGACACUUUCUGGUAAUUAUGAAAUGGUGACAUCAGCAAACAUGAAGGUUGGAGAUAUCAUUAAGGUGCAUUAAAACCAAAGAAUACCAGCUGAUAUGCUGCUUCUGUACACAACUGAGAAGAAUGGUGCAGUUUUCAUCAGAACUGACUAGUUGGAUGGUGAGACUGAUUGGAAACUUAGAAAAGCAGUUACUUUCACCUAAAAGGUUCACCCAUGCGAACAGAUUAUUAAUAUGGAUGCUCAUGUAGUUGCCAAUCCUCCCAAUGACUAAAUUUAUGACUUUAAAGGUUAUUUCUAAAUGGGAAGAGACACGGAAAGCAGUCAGAGAGAGGGUCUAUCUCUUGAAAACUCACUUUGGGCUAAUACUGUUUUGGCUUCAACUGGAUUCAUUCUAGGUUAAGUACUAUACACUGGCAAAGAAACUAGAUCAGCUAUGAACGCAAGAGAGCCCAGUACUAAGAUGGGAAAACUAGAUUAGGAAGUUAAUAGACUUUCAAAGUUCUUGUUCUUCUUUAUGAUCUGCAUUUCCCUCGGGAUAGUCGCAUUGGAUGAGUUCAAAGGAUUUUGGAUCAUUAAAUUCUUUAGAUUCGUUUUGAUUCUCUCCUACAUCAUUCCAAUUUCUUUGAGAGUCAACUUAGACAUGGCAAAGAUCUUCUAUUCUUAUUGUAUUUACAAGGAUAAAGAAAUAGAUGGGACGAUUCCUAGAAAUUCAACUAUCCCUGAGGAACUGGGCAGAAUACAAUAUCUACUAACAGACAAAACUGGUACUCUAACCAAGAAUGAUAUGAUUUUUAAGAAAGUAGCCAUGGAAUAUGCUCAAUUUGAUUUAGAAAAUCUACCAGAUUUAAAAACAAUGCUUGAUGAAAAUUGCGCAAGAUUUGAAGGUCCUAUGGGUGAUUUAGCAAAUAUAAGCAGCAACAGGAAGAACACCUAAGAGUCUUAAAAUCCAAAGAAUCCACUCUAAAGAGCAAAGGGCGGUAAGAGAAGAGAUUAAAACUUCAUGGUUAGAGAUAUGAUAACUUGCCUAGCACUAUGCCAUAAUGUAACCCCGACAUACCCAGAUCCAAAUGAUCCAACUAUCAGAGAUUUCUAGGCUAGUUCUCCUGAUGAAGUAGCUCUAGUAAAGUUCUCUGACUCCCUAGGCAUACAACUUCUAGAGCGUGACUAGUAAAAGAUCAUAAUCUAGAACACAGCUGGAGUUAAGGAGGAAUAUUAAGUACUAGCAAAUUUCCCUUUCAGUUCAGAGACUAAGAGAAUGGGUAUUGUUUUGAGACACUCUUAAUCAGGAAAACUUAUUUUCUAUCUUAAGGGUUCUGAUACCAUUAUGAAGAACAAAGUGAGACCUAAUCAAAGAGCAGUUAUUUUAGAGGCUUGCGAAAACCUUGCAAUGGAAGGACUUAGAACUUUAGUCAUUUCAUAGAAAUUAAUUGAAGAUGAGUUCUUUGAAUUCUGGCUUAGAAGAUACAAUGAGGCUAAGGCUGAUUUGAAUAAUAGAGAGACUCUGAUGGCUAACUGUGUUCUAGAGCUAGAGUAAGAUAUGGAGUUACUUGGUAUUACAGGAGUAGAAGACAAGUUACAAGAUGAAGUUGCUAUCACAAUUGAAAGCUUAAGAUCAGCCGGUAUCAAAGUCUGGAUGCUAACAGGAGAUAAGGUUGAAACUGCUACUUGUAUUGCUAUGUCUGCAGGUUUUAAGAGCAAGAAGCAACACUUCUUCUAUAUAAAGGAACAAAGAGAGCUAAAACAAGUAGAGUAUCUUAUCAAGGAAUUCUCAAGAAAGACUGAUAAUGUUCUCAUGAUAGAUGGUGAUAGUCUAGAUGUCAUCCUUUAAUCAAAAGCACUUGAAGAGGCAUUUUUCUCUAUUGCAACUUUAGCACCUUCAGUUUGUGUUUGCAGGUGCUCACCAACUUAAAAGGCACUUAUAGUGAGAAAAAUUACUGAUUAUACCUAGAAGAGAACUGCUGCUGUUGGAGAUGGUGGAAAUGACGUCGGCAUGAUUUUAGAAGCCAAUGUAGGAAUAGGUAUAGUAGGAAAAGAAGGAAAGCAAGCAUCUCUCGCUUCAGAUUUCUCGAUUAACUAAUUCUCAUACCUAAGAAGACUCAUACUUUGGCACGGAAGAUUAUCAUACAAAAGAUCAGCAGUCCUAUCUCAAUUCGUUAUUCAUAGAGGACUCAUCAUAUCAAUUAUUCAAGCCAUUUUCUCAAUUAUUUUCUACUUUGUUGCUAUUCCAAUUUACAAUGGCCUAUUGAUGCUUGGAUACUCAACUAUAUACACUAACUUACCAGUCUUUUCACUAGUAUUCGAUGAGGAUGUCAAUGUAUCUGCUGUUAUGAAGUUCCCACCACUUUACUCUACACUUCAAAAGGGAAGAUCACUUUCAACAAAGACCUUCUUAAUUUGGCUCUGGAAAUCUAUCUUUUAAGGCUGUGUAAUUAUGUUGGCCACUGUUAUGUUCUUCAACGAGUCAUUCACAAACAUCGUCACAAUUACCUUCUCAGCCUUAAUCAUUAUUGAACUACUUAACGUUUACUCAGAGAUUAACAAGCCAAACUGGAAAAUGAUAGUAUCAUCUGUGUUUACAUUUGUAGUUUAUAUUCUAAGUAUUGCACUUUUAAGAUCAUAUUUUGAUACUUCCUAUAUCACCUGGUAAUUCGUUCUGAAGGUACUUGCUAUCACAUUACUUAGUUGGCUUCCUCUACACGUUGCUAAAUGGAUAAUCAUGAAGAUAGAUCCUACCGAGCAACAGAAAAUUAUGAGGCAAGAGCACUGA